AUGAAAGCUACCUAUCUUCCAUGGGAAUUGGAAACAGAAAUACUUUAUAGAGUUCCGGCCACAUCUCUGAAACAGUUGCGAUUCACUUGCAAAAGAUGGUACGCUUUAUCUAUAGAUCCGUUCUUUAUCAAGAAAAACUUGGGUGGUAAAGCUGCAACGCAGAUGGUCUUAAAGAAAUAUCAAUCGGUUUACUCAUUCAGCUUCGAUCUCCAUGGAAUCCAUAACAGGUAUGAUCAAUUUAUCAAAUUUACAGGUAAACUUGAGAAUCUAAAGGAUCCAGGAGAUGUCAAGAUAUCUGAAAUCUUCCAGUGUGAAAGUUUGUUGUUAUGCACGACCAAAGACGAGAGACUCGUGGUUUGGAACCCUUGUACUGGCCAAACCAGGUGGAUCCAAUCUAGUGCAAUGUACCAUACGUGUUUUCUAGGAUACAAAAACAACAACAAAUAUUCGUUCGAUAGCUACAAAAUCUUUAGUUGUAGCACUUAUCUUGACGACCAGGAUGCCACAGUUCGUAAAUUUGAAACGUAUGAUUUUGACUCUGAUUCAUGGAGGGUUCUUGAUGAUGAUACUCAUAGUUGGAGCAUAGCAUCACGUGGCGUGUCUUUGAAGGGAGAUACUUACUGGUUAAAUUCAGAUGAUGAAGAAGAGCCUGAUCUGAUUAAUUCCAUACUCGUAUAUGAUUUCACAUCAGAGAGUUUUGGACGUCUACCUCUUCCUUUUCAGGUGAAUAAUUAUUAUGAUGAUCAAGAGGUUGUAGUUUUAUCCGUUGUGAGGGAAGAAAAACUAGCGAUGUUACAUCAGAGGCUUGGAAGUUUAGAGAUGAAGAUAUGGGUGACCAAUAAUAUAACUGAUGAAGCCAAAGACGACUUAUCGUGGAGCGUAUUCUUAGUAGUGGAUUUGGGUAAACUUAUGAUAAAUAAUAGGACCAAGGUGACGAGUUUCUUAGUGGACGAGGAGAAUAAAAGGGCCAUGUGCUGCUUUUUUCACGAAGUCCUGACCAGAAUUUACAUUGUUGGAGAGGAUAUACAUAAACGAGUGUAUCGAGAGAUGAAAGAGAACCCGUCCGUAUUGGAUUGGGAACCCCCUUCUUUAAAACGCUCUCAGAGACCACUUCUCUUCAGUUAUGUUCCAAGCUUCGUUCGAAUUCCGACAAGGCAAAGUAAUCCUGGUGGCAAAAGAAAAAGGUGGCAAGUUGAUUCAGUUACGUAUAGCUAG